AUGCCGGGAAAAUAUAUCGAAAACUACAACCAUGUCCCAGAGACCAAGGAAGAUCUUGAUUACGCAGAGCUCAUCACCCUCGAUUUGGAACUUUAUGAGCAACCAGGAGGAAAGGAAAAGCUCGUGAAGCAACUGGACCAUGCAGUUCGAAAUGUUGGGUUCUUCUACGUGAAGAAUUUCGGCAUCAGCCAGGAAGAGGUGGAUCGCCAGUUUGCUUUUGGACGCGAAUUUUAUGCCCUUCCACUUGAGGAAAAGCUGAAGUUUCACAAUGCCGAAGACCUCGCGAGAGGCGAAUACAAUGGAUACAGACCAGCUGGACACAGAAUCCUCGGAAAUGGUAUCAAAGACAAUGUGCAGGUAUACAAUAUUCCAAAGUUUGAUGGUCACCACCAGCGACAGCAGCCUCCCGUCCUUGCUGAAAAUAUCGAAGAAAUUGAGGCCUUUAGCCGGAAAUGCCACACCGAAGUUGUAGAGAAGCUUCUCCGCCUCUUCGCAAUUCUACUCGAGCUUCCUGAUGAAGAUCAGCUCGUGCGCGACCAUCAAUAUGAUGUCAAGGGCGAGGAUCACCUACGUUACAUGCACUAUGCAGCCCGCAGCGUAGAAGAGAACAAGAAAGUGGGCGAACUAUAUAGCCCGGGCCAUACAGAUCUUGGGACUGUAACCCUUCUCUUCCGCCAGCCAGUUUCAGGUCUCCAGAUUCUCAAUUCUGAGGGCCAAUGGAAAUAUGUCAAGCCUCAGAAUGCCACAUUGACAGUCAACACUUGUGACAGUCUGACUGCUCUCACAGGCGGGUUGAUCAAGAGUAGUGUUCACCGUAUCAGGCUCACAUUGACUGACUGGGGGUUCUCUAUUUUGCUCGGUACGAUAAUCUUUCCCAACAAUCAUAUUGUCCUGGACCCAAUCCAGAACAGCCCCGUUCUCCAGAGGCUUGGCUUGACCACUAACGCUUUCACUGAGCUGGGUCAACAUCUAACCACCGAGCAGUGGGUUCAGGUUCGACAGACACAGCAGCAACGCCGCAACCGCGAUGUGAAGGUUACUACUGAAGGAAAGUAUACCUACAAGCCUAAGGACCUUGAGAUCAUUCCGGGGUUGCAAGCUACUAUCUACAACUAG